GCCAGAGGUUGGUGCGGGGUUUGAACCCAGACGGGUGCCUGGGACCCGUGUGCCGGCAGCCAUCCUGCUUCCACAGCCCGCAGUGUUCGGCAGCCACUGGAUUUCUCGGGCAAGGCAGCCUGUCCUGCAAUGACCUAGUGCACCUGAGGCCCAGCAGUCGUGGGGAUGGAGCUGAAGGUCUGGGUGGACGGGAUCCAGAGGGUUGUGUGCGGUGUCUCAGAGCAAACUACCUGCCAAGAAGUGGUCAUUGCCCUGGCACGGGCCAUCGGUCAGACAGGCCGCUAUGUGCUGGUGCAGAAGCUGCGGGAGAAGGAGCGGCAGCUGCUGCCGCUGGAGUGCCCCCUGGAGUCCCUGGCCAAGUGUGGACAGUAUGCCAACGACGUGCAGUUCAUCCUGCGGCGGACAGGCCCCAGCAUGACCGAGCGGCCCUCCUCAGAGGGUGCUCCACAAGCUCCCGAGAGGACGUUCAUCCGGGCCAGUUUGCCCAUCAAGCCCAGGCUCACCAGCAUGGAUGCACCCCGUUCUCGAGAGCCGAAAAAAUCCAUGACCUUCAACUUGGGUCCUACAGGCUCCAGCGACCCGUUCGCUGUGAGCCGAUGGAGGCACCAAACACGGGAAGGGAUCGACUUGGAGGGUGGUGGGAUUGUCCAACCCUCCAAAGAGGAGCUGUUUAGGAGGGUGCUGCAGCAGCAGGAGCAGCUGCAUUCCUUGGAGGCCCAUGGGGACACCCUGGAAAUGGACCUACGGCUCUGGGAGCGCAGCCGGCUUGCCGGCCAGGAGAAUGAGAUCCUCUAUCUGGAGCAACUGGUACGAAGGAAUGAGACAGAGCUGGGCGAGGAGGAAUUUUGGCAGAGCGAGCUCCGGCUGGAAAAGGAGUGUGAGCGAGAGCGGCAGGAGAGAGUUAGAAGCCUGCGAGCCAGCCUGGAAGAGUACACCCAGAGGAUCUUUGAGCUGAGUGCCCGGACUGAAGCCCUGCAGGAGGAGAUCCAGUGGGAGAUGGCUGAGAGGGCCAAGAGGGGGAAGGAGAUCUCUCUGCCCAGCCCCAUAGAGCUGGAGGACAUGGCCACCAAAAUGAAAAGGGACCUGGAGGCCAAGGUCAAGCAAGGCACCCAGCUGGAGAGCAACCUGGCCAGUGUGGAGAAGGCCCUGGAGGAAGCUGAAAAGAACUUGCAGGCCCAGACCCAAGAGCUGGAGGAGUUAAAUAAGGAGCUGAGGCAGUGUAAUUUGCAGCAGUUUAUUCAGCAGACGGGGGCCACGGUGACUGUCCUGCAGGCCAGGUCUGAGGAGGAUGCCCAGCCGGAGCCGAGCCCGUGCGAGCUGCCAGCCUACCGGAGAAACGGAGGUUUUCCUCCCACCGCUGGUACCGACUCACCUCCCCGAGUCAGCACCAAGCAGCUCCUCAGCCAUCCCAGGACCCUGCCGGAGCCCCUGGUGUCCAGCCUGAAUCCCGAGGUUGUAUCAACCAGGCAGAGCAUCUGGAGGUAGAAGGGCCCAGGCAGUGGAGGAUCAAUUGCCUUGCAAGUGUAACUGUAUAAAUAAACCAUAUUAUAUAUAUAUAUUUUAUAUUUUUUUUUUACUGCUUUAUAUCGUGAAUGGAUGUGGAUGGCCAGACAGAGUAUUUUUACAGACUAUAAAAUAAAACCAGAGACUGACAACACAAAGCAACCAUCUUCCCCUGCGGAUGAAAGUGACCCCCUUCUACUUUUUUUAAAGCAGUUUCUAUAUUCAACAGAAAACAGCGGUGCUCCCAUUCUGCAUAGCCUCCUCAAAAGAUCCAUCGUACAUUUGGAAAAGUCCUUGUUCCUUUGACUAAGGGAGCAGAGCUGCAGUGGAGACCUGCCUGGAGACUCACCUGGAUGGAGCAAGUUAACAGAUUUUACAGCAUCUGGUCGCAGCAAGCAGGGCCAUGACAAAUAGCUUCUUCACUGGCUGCAGGGGAGGCACAAGAGCAGCUUUAAGACAAAUUUCUGGCCCCUCUUUUCUUAUAUAUAUUAUAAGAAACCUGUAGUAGAAGCCCAUUUUCCAUGGUGCCAUGGACCACGCUUGAAGGGAGCAAUGGAGCACAGAGCAGGAGCUUGUUUUUCUCAUAUCCACUUAGUUUUUCAACGUGUUUUUAAAAUAAAAAAUUGCAGAAUGAGCCCUUCCUCAGUGGUGAUGUGAGUGGGGAGCAGGACCAAAACGUUCUUGGUGACAUUUUCCCUGGGGGUUUUUUUGAUUCUUUUUUCUGUUUGUUUUUUUUAACUCUUGAUGGCCAGUAGCUACUGUUUUGUUCAUCUGUCCUCUGUCCCAGUGGGUUGCCUUGUAUUUUAAUUGCAAAACCAAAGCGGUUUGGGGAGGGAAUGAGUUUGUCCAGAUCCUCAAGCCUGUUUUCAACGCGUCAUAUGCAAAAAACAUGACUUGGGCACAGCGUUCACCGUAAAAUCCUGCUUUCCCUGUGCGAAUGUAAUCCUGUGUGCUGCAGAUCCAGUUUUCAAUAAAUCUUUGGGAAAGGAUUUGAGCCAAGUGAGCGUGCUGUUGUGGGCAGGGUGAGCCAUCUCUGACAGCUCCUGGUCUGGUGCCUGACGGACACAUCUGAGCUGUUUGUGCACCAUGCAGCUGCCUCUUUCGUUUCCAAGCCAUCUCUUUCUAUUUGCUGAAGUAAAGCUGUAAGUAUUUUAUAACCGACUGAAUCUUAUGCACACAGUGCUCUUUUUUCUUUUUUUUUUUCUUUUUUUUUUAAAUCACAAAGUGCUUUACAGCCGGCGGAUGCAGCUUGUCUCCGGUGAGAUGUGGCCAUCUCUGGGAUGAAACAUGACAACCUUUUAAUAAUGCACAGCAGCAGCUCGGAGCAUUUUAGGACAGGAGGCAAAGGGGAUGGCGGUUGUCUGCAGAUAGGAGCAGGUAAGGGGAACCUCCCAUUUGCCUUCAAGCCCCUUUGUCUGCACCUGGAUAACAGCAGCCAAGAACGUCAGCUCUUGCUGUCCAUCAGCAUCUCCCCUGAGACUGCUGGGCUCUGUCCCCAGGGACAUGCCCCUCUCAAAGCCAAUUUUCAAGGUGCUACCACAGCCACCAGGUUGGUCAAGUGAUAUUGAAGGAUUAAAGUUUGUUUUGCUGGGAGAUCACUGGUCUCAGGUUACCACUGGACAGCUGCUGUAGUGAGGAAAUGCAAUUUUGAAGUUGUCUUUUUUGAAUUGGGGCUUUUGGGUUUUUUUUGUGGGGGUUCUUUUUCAAGUUCCUCCUCACCCCCCUCCUUAAACCAUGUAUCUCAGGGAAAUUAGUUAAAAAUGCAUUUGCUCCAUGCAGCUGCAUCUAGUUUCUCCCAUUUGCCUGUUUUUUGGACUUUGUGCACUCAUUUUUUUGGACUCUCUUGCUUUUUAAAAAGAUUUCACCUCGCUAAGAGAAGUGGAGGGUGAUGGAGGUUGUAAAGAGCAUUUCAGUGCUGCUUGGGAAAAACACCCAAGAAGUGGGUUCAGAAAACUCACUUGCCUUGGAUAUGGCUAGAUUUUGGAAAGUCCUCUGCAUGCCCUGAAAAACUGACCUCUGCAGGUUAAAAACUGGAUCUUUCAUUUUUGGGGCUACAUUUGUAGCUUUGCCUUCAGCAAAAUAAAUGGUAAUCAAGAGAAAAGGGUCGUCACUUAUGGCACUUCCUACUGGAAAAAACGGGGGCAGAAAAUUAAUUUGAAUCUGAUUUUGCGGGGGAUUUUGCCCUCUGUUAUGAUUAUAUAUUGUUGUUGCGGGUUACUUGUGUUCAGUCAUGAUCUCACACGUCAAACCAGCACCAGUCUUUCCUGGAGGGAGGUGUGGUAGGGUGUGGAAAAUAAAAGUUUAAAAUAUAUAUCUCACAGCAGAUUUUGACCCUUCAGCUGAUGCCCCUUGGCUGGGAUGCAGGAUUUGGAACUGUUGCAUGGGAUGGGAGACAGUGUAACUCGACCGUGUCCCCCGCAGAGGUCUGAUAAUCAGGCAGGGGCCUAGAAAGAGUACUGUAGCCAGGGGUUAACUCUUGUUUUUUCAGCUCAAGACUGUGGCACUUUGCAGAUUUUCUUCAUUUUGUGUCCUACAAACCAUCGCCCAGCUGCUGCCUAGGCAGCAGUGUUUUGUAAGGCAAUAAAUUACUUUGAUUAACACCUCUGUCCCUGCUGUGGUGCACGUGGCGGUGGGGGGGAGAGGCGUUAAUCAAACCCACACGUUACCUCAGGAGCUCCCCAGCCGUGGGUGACCUAUAUUCCUCCCAGCACGGGGGGCCUGCGAUGGCAGGGCGAACGUGCGGGUCCCCGCGUGUUAUUUAACUGAGUGAGGCUCAAUACCCACUCUGGCUCCCCCGCCCUCCCGCUUUUAUCUGCUCUAAAGCCUGUGUCAAUAAUACAUUUCUGCCAUUGAAUAUUUUAUUGAUGGUUUGACUUUUUUUGCUGCUCGCAAUUCCCAUUUCAAGGCUGCGUGAUUGUUCCUAAUUAAAAUUUUAUGCCCUGGGACAAGCCUUCUUGCUAGAGUGGAGAUGAUGCUGUCCUUUUCUAGGCCACUACAGAGCAGUAGGAAGGAAUUACCCAUUGUUAUGAGAUUAAAACAAAGCAAAUAAAUUAUUGUUUUUCCCUUGAAAAACAAACCAAAAGCCCAGCGUACGAUGCGUACUGGAGAGGGAACAACUGGCUUGCGGGCAAGGCAGGCAUCUAAGCGUACGGGGUGGCUCGAGGAUGC